UACUGUAAAUAAAACAUGUCGAUAUUUAAAUGCGUAAUUUUGGAAUUCAUAUUAUUUAACGGAGUCGUUCUAAGUAUUACAAUCGACGUUUGCUUUCCCGUCCGUUUGGACCAGCACAGCGCGGAGCACAAUUUCGUUCGCAGCUUGGAGGAGACACUUCCGCGCCGCGCACUUUUCCGCAUCCACGCCUUCAAGGAGGAUUUUGUUCUCAAUUUGUCGGCGGACGCCAGCUUCCUCGCUGCCGGCUUCUCGGAGCGGAACUCCGCCGCCGCCGAUCCAGAUGUGAGCCGGUGCUUCUACUCCGGGGAUGUGAACGCCGACAGGGCUUCUUACGCCGCCGUGAGCCUGUGCCGGGGCUUGCAGGGGGCAUUCGGGUACCGAGGCUGGCAGUAUUUCAUCAGCCCGCUGCAGAACCACACCGCGGAACCGGGAGCCCACGUCGUGCAGCGCAGAAGGAGCCCCUCGCAGAGCGGCAACUUCACCUCCAGGUGUGGGGUGGACUCUGAUCACCACCAUGACAUUGCGCAAUCCUUGGAAAGGUAUAAACACCUGAAGGGGAUCAAUAAAGGGAAUUUGACCGAGAGCACUCUGAAAGGUUUUGGCAGGUCCAAAAGGUUUGCGUCGGUUCCCAGAUAUGUCGAGACUUUGGUGGUCGCAGAUGAGUCCAUGGCCAAGUUCCAUGGCGACGACCUUAAACAUUACCUCCUGACCCUCAUGUCAGUCGCUGCCAGGCUUUACAAGCAUCCCAGCAUCCUCAACUCCAUCAACAUUGUGGUGGUCAACUUCAUGGUGAUUAACGAAGCUGACAAAGGACCCAAAGUGUCCGGCAAUGCUGCGCUGACUUUGCGUAAUUUCUGCACCUGGCAGAAGAAAUUGAACAAAAACAAUGACAAGCACCCAGAGUACUGGGAUACUGCCAUCCUCUUCACCAAGCAGGAUUUGUGUGGGGCCUCAACCUGUGACACACUGGGCAUGGCAGAUGUUGGCACGAUGUGUGAUUCCAAAAGGAGCUGCUCAGUCAUUGAGGACGACGGCAUGCCCUCAGCUUUCACCACAGCUCACGAGCUUGGACAUGUCUUCAACAUGCCUCAUGAUAAUGUUAAAGCCUGCGAGGACGUGUUUGGGAAGCUGAGUGACAACCACAUGAUGUCCCCUACAUUGAUCCAGAUUGACCGCAGCAGUCCGUGGUCUGUAUGCAGUGCAGCCAUCAUCACUGACUUUCUUGACAGCGGCCACGGUGACUGCUUGCUGGACCAGCCCCAGAAGGUCUUGGCAUUGCCUGAAGCACUCCCAGGCAUCACAUACACUCUCAACCGGCAGUGUGAAUUGGCCUUUGGCAGUGGUUCCAAACCAUGCCCCUACAUGCAGUCCUGUGCCAAGCUGUGGUGCACUGGCAAGGCCCAGGGUCAGCUAGUGUGCCAGACACGCCACUUCCCUUGGGCUGAUGGCACUAGCUGUGGGGAUGGACAGAUGUGUUACCAGGGCAUCUGCAUGGACAAGGGCAGUGUCACCAGGACUAAGGUGGACGGCCGAUGGGGGAGGUGGGGAGCAUUUGGCACAUGUUCCCGUACGUGCGGUGGAGGGGUGCAGCUGGCAAAGAGGGAGUGCAACAAUCCCAUCCCAGCCAAUGGUGGAAAGUACUGCCAGGGGAUCCGCAUCAAGUACCGCUCUUGCAACUUGGAGCCCUGUCUUGACACAGGUAAAAGUUUCCGAGAGAAGCAGUGUGAAGACUAUAAUGGGGUUAGUCUCAACACCAACCGCCUCACCCCAUCUGUGGUGUGGGUGCCCAAGUACUCUGGGGUCUCCCCCAAGGACCAGUGCAAGCUUAUCUGCAGAGCCAAUGGCACAGGGUACUUCUAUGUCCUGGCUCCUAAGGUAGUGGAUGGCACACCGUGCUCCCCUGACUCCCCUUCAGUGUGUGUGCAGGGAAAAUGUAUCAAAGCUGGGUGCGAUGGAAAGCUUGGUUCCAAGAAGAAGUUUGAUCAGUGUGGUGUGUGUGGAGGGGACAACCGCAGCUGCAAGAAAGUUUCGGGGCUGUUCACUAAACCCAUAUAUGGAUACAACUUUGUGGUCAUGCUUCCCAUUGGUGCCUCCAACAUUGACAUCCGGCAGCGUGGUUACAAGGGCUUGGUGAAUGAUGACAACUACCUAGCAGUGAAGGACAGCCAGGGCAACUACCUGCUGAAUGGAAACUAUGUGGUGUCAGCUGUGGAACGAGACAUCAUGGUCCGUGGUACUUUGCUGCGCUACAGUGGUACUGCCACGGCAGCCGAAACAUUACAGGCUGUCAAGCCCCUUCAGGAGGCUUUAACUGUGGAGGUGCUGUCUGUAGGGAAGAUGACUCCACCUCGCAUUCGCUACUCCUUCUAUUUGGCCAGGGAGACCAAGGAGGAGAGGACCUUGAAGAAGGAGGUCCGGAACCAGGCCCAGAACAGUGUGCUGGUGGAGAAUAACAAGGUAGAGCUGAAGCAGCCACCUUAUGGGAGGCCAGCAAAUAAUAAGUGGGCAGCAGCCAGCUGGGAUGACUGCUCAGUGACCUGCGGAAGUGGAAUGCAAAAGAGGCUGGUGCAAUGUCUGGACCCAGAGGGCCGCACGGCCACAGACUGUGACUCUGCUCUAAGACCUAACGCCAUGCGGCUCUGUGGUGAGCCCUGCCCAGGCUGGGACAUUGGGGAUUGGUCCCCCUGCUCCAAGACCUGUGGGAAAGGAUUCAAAAGGCGGGCACUUCGCUGUAUCACUCCUGUGGGUGAGCUCAGGCCACGUGACCACUGUACAGGCAAGCGAAAGCCUCAGGAGCUGGACUUCUGUACAUUACGGCCUUGCUAACUUCUCUCACACCAACCCCCUCUGAAUGGACACUCAUUUUUCAUCAAGGUAUUUUGGACAAAAUUAAAAGGGAACCAUAUUUAACAAUCCAGAACCAAUUUUGUUCUGGUGUAUCUGCUUGCUACAGUGGAAAAAUGAGAGGAAAAUUAUAUAAAAAGAGCAGCAUUGAAAGGAUUAUUGAAACAAACAACGGAAACAAAGAGGUAAAGAACAAAUUGUAGGGCCCCUUAUUUCAGUUACCGACCUGGAAUUGCCUGCGGAUAAUCUACCUCUCAUCAGAAGCAACUAUUAAACACACAAACACAAAUGCAUGCUACAUGUGAGUAUGUGUGUGAGUGCUAGUUGUAAAUCUGGGUACUGAAAUCCAAAUACUAAACUAUUAGAUAUCAAAAAGUUACUGAGAAAUCACUUACUGGAUACCCCUAACAGUAAUAAUAUUAAAUUAAAAAGUUCAAGAAGUCUGAAAUAGGAACUAAGCACCUCUGCAUUCAAUUGUUUUUCAACUUUAUUCAAAAAAUGAUAGACACAAACAUUUCCAGAGUAGUUAAAAUAAAUUCUCUUUGAGACAGUAGUACAUCAAUAUAGUAUUUUUAAUUUUAAAAUCUAUUUCAUAUUGCAUUAUCACUGGUCAGACAAUCAUCAUGAAUGUGCGGUCAUUAGAAUCCUGGUAUUUUAUUAUUAAAGGCGUAAUACCAAAUUAUUUUUAAGCAGUGUUAAAAGAUAUUACCGAAAAAUUUACUUGGCUCAUUCAGUCAGAAAAGGACUAUGGAGUAAAAAAACCAUUGAGCUUCCUCUUAUUCAGUUACUCAGUUGAGCUUACUUAAUUAUUGUAUACUUCAUUAAAACAUUCUAAAAGUUUAAAAGUCCUUCAUUAGCUUGAAGUAUCUUCAAUAAAGUUAAAACUUCAACUUUUACCUUCUUGUAUACCACAAGUCUAAACACCACAGAAACAUCUAACACAUUUGCACUGUGUUUGCAUUGCCGCCUUUGUGUUUUGACCUGCUCUGGUCUCCUCUGAGCAGCUUGGUCCUGUGCUGAUAAAUAGGACAGAGCCAUUUAGAACUGUAGACCAAAUUACAACAUUUGAAAACCAAAGAACACCUGCUGACUUAAUGAAUACUACAUUUUUAUUAUUUCUAAAUGAAUCUUCCUCUGAUUGUCUAAUGAUGCAACAAAUAUUUUAAAAUACAUUCUAAGUGCAGACAAAAAAGCAGCCAGUGGAAUCACCCGUAAAAAAACAAAACAAACUGUAAAACAAACCAAAAAAAAAAAAAAAACAUGAAACAUAAUGUUCCCUGGUUGUUGAGUAUCUGUUAUUUUUACUUUUGUAACAAGUCUCUUUUGAAAUAAUCAAAUUAUUCCUACAGGGAGUCCAACUGUUGAGUUUCCCAAAAGGCACAUGGGAAAUUGUUAUUUUUUCCAUACCUUCCUCUUCCCUUUCCAAGCCAGAGGUGCAGCUGCUACUAUCGUGCCCUGUCUGGUACAGUUGCCAUUUUCUAAGUUAUUGUGAUUUAAAUAAAUAAAUAUGGCAAAAGGCAUGAUUUUUAUAAUGCUGUACAUGUAUCACCAAGUUGGACCCUCGGUUUCUCAGCUGUACGUGUUCAUCUGUUCUAUAGCUUCUUUAUCAAACUUUGUAAUCAACUACAUAUUGUUUUUUAUUUUGUUUUACUUUUUGCUUUGGUUCGGAGGGACCACAUUUUCCAUCUAACAGAUGGUUCCUUUAUAAUUUGGAAUGUUACGUUUGCUUUUGCGCAUUGUAUAGCAGAAGAACUAAAUGCCUUACACCAGCUGCAUUGUAUACCAUGUAUACCUUUGUACAGCUGUGUACCAAUAAAUAAUGUAAAUACUUAGCAGUAUUUGU